UUUCCUUGUACAAACUCGAGACCUCCUGAAAGAAAUUCUUAGGCGAUCCUAAGCUUCAUAUACUUCCCAAAAACCAAAACAAGAAAAUGAGCACUACCGAUGAAUGGUCUUCCAACUCUAAUGAUGCCAUUCAUAUCCAAUUAGUAAAACCAAAUGGAGAGGUUGAUUUUGAAUUCCAUCCAGCGAAUACAUAUUCAAUAUUCGGUGAUGCUGAGACCAUAUAUGGUUACAAAGGACUCAAUGUUACGAUAAAAUUCUUGAUGCCUUGGAUGAAACCAAGUUUGACAAUUACUUCUAACGAAACAAUUCCCUCGACAUCUGGAGUCACUCCAACAGACAUUUCCAGUAUAUUAAAGGAGUAUAUACCGUUUACAAAUACAGAUGGAGAAGCUACCGCCUCUUCCGACACACUCUCUUUCCUUCCCAAAGAGCCUCUUUGCAGUUAUGUGAAGAAUGAGAAAACAUUCAAAAUAUUUAAGACUUCUGUCACUGCAGCCGAAAAAUUAAUGCAAAACCUUCAAGUGUUUCCACUGUUCUUCAUCGACGGCGGUUCUUUUAUCGACCUUGAGGAUCCUCAAUGGUUUGUUUAUUUUGUGUUUGAGGUUCAAGAUGAACAGCUUUAUCUUAGAGGGUAUUCCACAGUGUACCACUAUUAUGUCUGGAAGAAGGAUGACUCAAGUGCACUACGUGCUCGUAUCUCUCAGUUUAUUAUACUUCCACCUUUUCAACAUCAAGGACAUGGCUCAAAGCUGUACAAAACAAUUGUUGGUGAUUUUAUGGGUGACAAAAAUAUUGUCGAUUUUGCCGUUGAAGACUCAUCCGAGUCGUUCGAUGCUCUCCGCGACAGAUGCGACUUUACUCGAAUUGCAGAAAGCGGCUUGUUUGACAGAGAAGAGUUCAGAGCUCCACUUUCGACUCAGUGGAUCUCGCUCCACAGACUUCCAUAUAAACUCAACAAGCGCCAAUUUUCUCGUUGUUGCGAACUCGCAUUACUAAGCAAGCUUAACAAUCAACUGGCUUCUGAACGAAAAGCGUAUAGAUUAACGGUCAAAGAACGCAUUUUUAGACAAAAUAUUGACGUCCUUCUGCAAUUGGAAAAACCUGAGCGCCUAGAAAAGCUCCAGGAAGCGUAUAAAAAUCAGCUUGACGAAUAUAAACGCAUAUUAGCAGAAGGAUUUCCGAUUCCGCAAGCUGAAAAAGGAGAUAUGCCACCUGCAAAGCGUUUAAAAACUAGCUCAUAAACAUUCCAAGCACUAAUAAAAUUCUCCCUGGUUGUGGAAAUUGUUCAAAUAAUUCAUCCUCAAUUUAUAAUUAUCUGUGAACAAACAAACCAAAAGUUUGACAAUGUUUUCACAAAAGACACGAUUUUCUCA